CGCGGCCUGGCGCGGUGCGAGCGGCGCGGGCCCGGGGCGGCUCCAGAAGUUUCGGGGGGCGACGGGCGGCAUGGAGGAGGCGGCGGCAGCGGCCCCGCCGCGGUUCUCGGACGCGGACGUCGACCGGGACCCGGGGGUGGCGGCGCAGGAACUGACAACAGCUUUGGAAAAGAAUCCAGAUGAUGCUGAAUGUUACUGUCAACGAGCUUAUGCUCAUAUUCUUCUACAGAAAUAUGCUGAUGCAGUUGCAGAUGCAAAAAAGUCUCUAGAACUCAACCCAAAUAAUGCUGUAGCGCUCCUUAGGAAAGGGUUAGGUGAAUAUCAUAUCAAAAACUAUGCAUCUGCUUUAGAGUCUUUCAGAGAGGGACAGAGGCUGGACAAUGUAGAUGAUACCUUUACUAUUUGGAUUAAAAGAUGUGAAGAAACACUAAAUGCAUCACAGACUGAUUUGAACACGCAGCAGCAGCCUCUGCCACCAAAGAUCAAAUAUGACUGGUACCAAACAGAAUCUCAAGUAAUAGUGACCAUAAUGAUCAAGAAUGCACAGAAGGAUGAUGUCAGUGUGCAGUUCUUGGAGAGAAAGAUGAAUGCUUUGGUGAGACUUCCCUCAGGUGAAGACUUCAACUUAAAGCUUGAUCUUCUUCAUUCUAUAGUGCCAGAGCAAAGUACAUUUAAAGUGCUUUCAACAAAGGUUGAGAUAAAGAUGAAGAAGCCAGAGGCUGUAAGAUGGGAGAAGCUGGAGGGCCAGGGAGAUUCUCUUAAGUUAAAACAAUUUACACCAGAUACCCAGCACUUAUACCCAUCAUCCUCUCACUAUACAAGGAACUGGGACAAACUGGUAGUUGAAAUCAAAGAAGAGGAGAAAAAUGAGAAGUUAGAAGGAGAUGCUGCUUUAAAUAAACUCUUCCAGCAAAUCUAUUCAGAUGGUACAGAUGAAGUAAAACGUGCCAUGAACAAAUCAUUUAUGGAGUCUGGUGGCACAGUUCUGAGCACCAACUGGUCUGAUGUUGGUAAAAGGAAGGUAGAAGUAAAUCCUCCUGAUGAUGUGGAAUGGAAAAAAUUCUAAUCCUAUUUCUGAUCUUUACCAUCUAUGUGUUGCCAUAGUCAUGUACUGACCACUAUGUAUGGACAUAGCAUUCUUGGAUUCAAAGCACUGAAUGUUCCCUUGAAAACAGGAAUUGUCUGUACAUUUUGCGUGCUUUAGAAAUUCCUUCAUCUGCAGAUCUUAAAGAUAUACUCAAGAAUGGAACCCUAUUUUUAUCAUUUGACUUAAUUUCUGGGAAUUGCGUCCAUCAGUCCAAAUUUUCUACCACCUUUAUCAGCUCUCCUCUUUGGGAUAGGGUGAUCUCUAAUGCCUGGUCAGGAUUAUUGCCUUACACCUGGUGUUUCUGUUCAAUAACUUAUUAGAUCUUGGCAAUUUUGGGUAAAAACACUUUUCACAACAGUGUUAAAAUUGUUUGCUCCUUAACUCUGCUAAAUAAAACUGUAAAUACAACUUUUUCUAUAA